AUGGUACUUAAUAGUUAAAUUCAUGUUAGCUCUAAGGCUGUUAUUUUAAUGUACUUCCAGUGCUUUUAAAGGGAGUUUUGGGAAAAACGGAUAACCAAAAAUCAUUUAUUAUGUUCUUCUUUGGAGGAGUAGGAUCUCUACUAGGAGGCUUUUUAAGUGGAAGGAUCGGACAUUGGACUAGUUUAUUUAAUGUAGCAUGGUUUCAAACAUUCUUAGUUGGUUUAUUUUGCGUUUAAUCUUUUUAUUCUUAUGCUGAUAAGAUUUUAUUCAUGACCUAUUCAAGUGGAUUCAAUUUAGGAUUGUCAUAUUCAGGAUUGGAAGCAUUGCAUGCGAUGAUGAUCGCAAAAUUAAUAAAUAAGGAAAAUUACUAUUAUGUUGCCAAUAGUGCUGUUUGUGUAUAAUUCUAUAUGUUUAUAAUUAGAGUUUAGCAUCUACUAUCUUAUCACUUGUGUUUAUUUUUUUGAGUAAAACCACAUUUAUGUAUUUCCUGUACUUUAUGAUAUUGCUGAUAUUCUUUAAUGUAGCAUUUCUGGUGGUUUCAUAAAGACGGUUCUCAAGCAUCAAACAAGUAAGCCUUAUAAAUACAGAAUAAUCAGAUUCAUAAACUAAGGAGUGA